UUGUUGCCAUAAUUCCUCUUUCCACCUACAGACCUCAUUAUAUUGGAUUUGCUGUUUGUAUUUCCUUGUUUGUCAGUGACAUAUAUCAUUCUGAGAGACACUGUCAUGUGGGACUGAGAGCACUGGAGUCAUGGGAUGAAGUGCAAAAACAAAAUGGUCAAACAACCUUUUUCCAUCUUCCACAAACCCAGUCAGCUCUUCAAAUGAUGCAUGUUUUCUAUUGCUAAAAAUAUACAAAAUUCUAUCCUAUAGCAGGGUAAUGGUUUUGUUUUGUUAAGGAUUUUGGGAUUUUUCUUAGAGAGAGAGAGAAAUUAGCAUAUAUUACAUAAUUGUUGUGUACAUUUAUGGAGUCUGAACUAAGACUUGGUGUUUUAACACCUUUCUCUCCAGCUCCCCUAAUGCCAGAAACCUUAGCUAUAAUAAAAAGAUUAGAAGUAACAAAAACCUCAUCAGAAAAAGGCAAUGGUGUAAUGGUGGCAGAUGACAAAAUGACAUCUGUUAGUGUUGGCUGUAUAUAAAAAUAGCAGUAUGUGGGAGGGGGUAGAGGAACUGAAAGAGCAGAAAAAAAAACCCACCAAAAUCUUAACACCUGAAGCAACAAAUUAUUUACAGUCAUCCUUAGCUGGUAAUGAGCAUUUUAUUUCCCAGUGAUGUGUUUAAACUCCUAAUUGAAGUGCUGCACAUCCACUGCAGGCUUGUGUGGCUCUCUGCUUCUUCUUGGUCUUCAUGUGGAAUACACUCAGCCUAGCUUUUAGCACUUUCCUCACUUCUGAGUAAAACACAUUUUUUCUGUAAUCAGAACUUUUUUUUUUAACUUGAAUUGGCACUUGUUGACAAUAUUUGCCUACUCUGCAAUGAAGUUCCCACUUAGUGUCUCUAAUGGGUUCUGAGAUAUCAGCUCAGCUAUAAACACAAACGUAUUUGUGUGAGUUCACCUAGAUGUAAGUGGAAAUGUACUACACCCAAAGUGUAGUACAUGUCUUUCUGCUGUUUUUUGUCUUUCUUCUCAUCAACUGAACUUCAUCUUGAAACCACAGAACUGGUGAGACUGAGCUGCAUGAACUAAAGGUAAUGAUGUGUAGUGACCACUGCUCUGUGAAAAUGCUUUUAAAAGGGAAACAAGCUUUAGAAGAAAAGCUGCUGCUUAUAAGGAAAACUAGUGAUAGCAGACAUAGAUUAUGAUGUUGAAAAGGAUUGUUUCAUAGUGUGUGAACCUGCUUUUCUGGAUCUUAAUGAGAAUCAACAAAAAGUAACUGCUCAGUUGCAAAUGGCAGCUUGAAAAGGACUGAAUGCAUUGAGGGCACUGGAACAGGUUGCUGAGACAAGCUGGAGACGCCCCAUCCCUGGAAGGGUUCAUGGCAGGAGAAUUUGAACUAAGUAAUCUUUAAGGUCACUUCCUAAUCAAGCUUUUCUAUGAUUAUAGCCAAGAAAGCCAGGCUCAAUUUAUUUCUUGCCUGGCCUGGAUCACUGCACUCUUCCCAUUGAAGAAAGAAGCAACAGGAUGGCAAAUUGAAGAAAGGCACGUCACAGAGCCGGACAAAUAGGCUGUACUUCUUGUCUUCCUUCUAGAAUAGUUGGCCUGAUGCAAUUUGGUGUGGAAAAAGAGUUGUUGUUUCAUGCCCUUUACACCAUGUAUAAUGUGUUUCAGUAUUAGCAGAGGCUUUCAGCUGUUACACCUGGAGAUAUUGUUUGGUGAAGAUACGCUAAGCAAGCUUCUUGGUGUGGUGAAAUGGGGCUGUAUACCUAUGAGUUGUCCAGAAUCUCUGUUAAGAGUUUGUAAAGCUCAAAAUGUCAAUGGUCACUACAGAUGGAGAACAGCAAAUAACAACAAAGUGUCAGAAAUUGUAUUUUGUAAAAUACAAUUUCCCAAUGUACUUAGAUCAUUUACUUAAUGUACCUGAUUUAGUUUCAGACCUUUUUUCCUUGUAUCUCUGACACAUAGACUGUGGGGUGCUGUGGUAAAUAAUGCAGUGAAACUUUGAAGCUGGAAAAUCUCUGGAGCUAGCACUGCCACCCCUUUGAAUUCACUGGCAGUGAAGUGAAUCCUCAAAAAGCAGAUGAAGACUUACUCAUGUGACAUGAGGGCUUUUCUAAACAGCAUUAGAGUGAGACGUCACCUUCAUGUAAGAGAUUCCACAGCACACUUAAGUAUAGAGCUAAUUCUUCUCUUAGCUGUAGGUUUCCUUGCUUCACUGCUCUGGGUUUUCAUGCCCCUGUGCUUUAGAUGUUAAUAUAAAUUAUUCUCCAUGGAAACAGUAUCUUGGGAACUGGCAGCUGUGAUACCCUUGCUGUCUUAUAUUUAAACAAUACAGAUCAUCCUGUGGCGACAUCCUUCUUUUUCAUGUGUUUCAGGCAAGUGAAGCAUUCUGCUGUAGAAAAAGAAGAGGCCAAAAAGAUGGGGAUUGGUGUGCUAGAAGGGCUAUGAGGCACAAAUCAGUGUGUAUAUUAAAAAAAUAAUCCAGGAAAUAAAGAUGGAGAAAUGUAUUUGUACUUUCUAUGCUUUCAAUACCAAAAGGCAUUGAUGAGACUUUGAGAAGUGUGAUAGUGUUAAAUCUCUUGGGCAAAGAGUUUAAGGGAUUAUUCAAUGGGAUAUGCAGAGUGUUUUUCAUUGGUUUAGGGAGGAGAAAGACCAGGCUGUACUGGGCAAAAGGGUACAAGAGCAUGUAAAAUACAUAUACCAAAUAAUCUUGAACAUCAAGCAUUAGAAUGGCAGAACUAGCUUGAUGUUGGUACACGAUUUCAGUGUUUGGAAAGUAUUGGUGGUUCACCUUACUUCCAUAAUAACAUCCUCCUCCUUUUGUGGCCUUCCAGUACAAGGUCGUCCUGUUUAGGCAAAAGCUUGGUACACAUUGUUAAUUAUUAGAAUAUAGUCAGUAAUACUUGAAGGUAGACUUUACCAAAAAAAAGGUAAAAUAAAAAAAGUAGUAAGAGUUCCUGUUAAGAACAAAAGCUGCACGGGGUAACCUGAUGCUGCUGUGGGGCUUCACCAGUAUGAGCAUUAACUAAUGAGAGUCUCCUGCUUGUGACAACGCUCAGUACAUGACAGUCCCACUUCUGAAGUCACAGGUUAGGAAGGUGAGAAGAGUUGUGGAGAGCAUCUUCCCACCCUCCAUCCCCUGGUAAUAACAACCCAACCCAAGUCCUUUGUAGUUACAGUAGUUUUGCACAGCAGAGUUUUGAACAGAUAUGGAAAAUUAUCUUCCAACUUACGUCUUGCUUUGUACAAAAGUAAGAAUGGUUUAAAUGUGUAAAUCACCACUAAUGUUUGUAACGUUAAAUGUUUAACUUAUUACUGCCCACAGGUACGUACCUUACACUCUGCCAUAGGAAUGAGUCCACAGUCUGAAUGUGUUCUCUGCCGGUACUUUGUAGGGCACCUGUUCUGUCCUCUGAGAAACUGGAGGAAUGAUUCUUUUAACCCAGGAAAAUAGUUGGGUGUAUCUUGAUCAUUUUAAACGCUGUCAGGUAUGGUGAUCUUCCAGAUCUGCCUGAUUCAAGACUUUGGAUCAAUGGUUCCUUCAGCUGAACAGAAAUAAAUUCUUCAAAGCAUAAAGUGACAGUACUGACUUCAUCUAGGGAAAUUGUGGUCAUGUCACCCUGACACUGAGUUUCCGUGAUCGAAGGACUGGCCUGAUUCUUCUGCUUCCUCAUUUAAUCAUGAUGAAUCUCAGUGAGAGCAUUGUCGGUGUUUCUGACCUGUGAGAAAUCUAGACGAUGAAAUUGUUGCUUUUCUGUGGUGGCCUGUCAUUGUGGUACAUCAGAAAGGCUUUUUUGUUCUGCUCUCUUUUGCUGGCAUGUGGCAGAACAAAGUUGUUCUGCCCCUUAAAGUGUGCACACAGCUGAACCAUGUGUUAGCUGAAAUUGUGUGCUCAGACAUCUGAUUCCCAGCUGUGACAAUUUCCCUUGACCUUUUCUAAAAUAAUUUUCUCUUAGAAAAAGGAACCAGGGCAAGCAAUCAGUUCUAAGUUUUCUCCAAAAUAUGUAGCAAAUCAGCAUCUUAAUUUUUCUAUUUCAGACUUUUUUUAAUAUCAUUUCAGACUUGAGCUUUUCUUUGACAACUCGGUAUGUGUAUGCAUGUGAGCAUUUAUUUUAGGUUCUAAUUGCAUUAGAUAAGGAAUUUCUGUGGCAGUUGCUAAUAGAAAAAGCAAUUAUUUAAAGUGUCAUUUGAACCUGUUGUUUCCCCCCUGAGGAAUGCAUUAAUCUUUGACUUAGUAAGAAUAGGUAAAUCCAGUGAUACAAGAUUGCAGAUUUUUGCCCUCUCUGCUUCAUCCUAAUACAUGAACAAUGAACUUGUUACCAUUUCUCAGUAUUUGUAAGAAAUUUUACAUAUUUCUAAUACUUUCAGUAUAAGCUGAGAGCUUCAGAGGAUCAGGAGUACAGAGAACAAAAGAAAUCUGUAGCUUUGAUUUCUAACAAUUAGAGGAAAAAAAUUAGAGCAGACUCUAGUAUUUAUCUCCCUCAGCUCCUCUUCUUAAUAAAGCGUUCCUAGAAACAGCUUCAGCAUCUGUUGCCCAAUGUCCUGUGCUCUCCUGAAUGUAGGAUUUCUCAGGAUUUGAACAGAAAGCCCCAACCCCAUCAACCCUUUAAGACCUGAGGUGCAUUCCCAGGGGAAUUCAGACUGAAAUGCAGUAUAAAAUGGUGGGUGAUACAGGAGGGUGGGGGAAGAAGAUCUCUUGGGGCAGUGGAAAAGUCCCCUUUAGCUGAGUCAGCACCAGACUGAGGAACUCAGGCUUCCCACCCCACAAAUUCCUUACCCUCAUCCUUGCAGCCACAAGCCCGAGCUGCCACUCUGGGCAUUGAAAUUAUUGAAUUCUGUGGGUCUGCACUGGUUUGUGCUGUCAAGUGUAUGUGUUUGGGACACAGGUAAGUGAAAUUGGGUCUGUAUGACUGGGCAGCCCCAGUGCAUCUCACCUAACACAGAUUUGCAGCUGUUUUUCCCUGCAUGGAUCUCAUGCAUCAGUCUCUGCAUCUUCCUGGCCUCCUCCUGUGCUGUACCUGUCAUGGUGGGCUGUGCCUGUGUCUGGGAUCUGCCUGCUGGCAGAGCUCCUGGCAGCUUUAAACACACCUGGCUGGGCCUCCUCCCUGCUCCAAAAUGUGCUAUUUGCAUGAGCAGCAACGCCUCUCUUCGUGUCAGAUUACACAGAUAAUUGGCAGCCAUCCUAGAAUGGUUUGGGUCAAAGGGAACCUCAAAGAUCACCUCAGUCCAACCCCCCUGCCACGGGCAGGGACACCUUCCACUAGCUCAGGGACACUUUCCAGUGGCCCAGGGACACCUUCCACUGGCCCAGGGACACCUUCCACUGGCCCAGGUUGCUCAGGGUCCCUUCCAGCCUGACCUGGUUUUGCUGGUUUAUCUGCACAUUCUUCAGCAGUGUCUUUGGUGAGGUUUGUGCAUUAAACCAGUGGCCAGGCAAGAUGGAAACCUCAUUGUUUACUCUUGUGUAACAACACCUGCCAUGAGCUUAGAGGCAGAGCUGAACUGAAACACCGAGCUCGCCUGAGGGACUUUGGGUUACUUUAUCAGCAUUAGAACAGUUGAAACCUCUAAACCUGAGGGCUGAAUUAUAUAAUUGCAGUAGGCAGGAAGGGGCAGUAAGGAACCACAUUUAUCAAACUGAAAAUUGCUUUUGCCUGUCUGAGCAUCACAACCUGGGACAGGAAUCCCUGCAGAUUAGAAACGGGGGUCUGGAAUAUUCUGCCACGACCUCUAAUGGAAGAAUUAGUCCAUACAUGAGUAGCUGUAACUUAAAAGUGAAAAACUUUGUCCUCCUGACUCUUUCUAUUUGAGAAACCACAUUAUUACUGUGGGGGAAUGCAGUUUAAGCAUGUCCUGAAGCAAUCAUGCUAAAUUUCAAAGAUGUAAGACCUUCUAAAGUCUGUAUUUUUGCAUGUAAAUGGAUGUGACCGUUGAAAGAAAGGUCAAUCAUAUUAUAUAUACAUAAAUACAACAUAACUUCCUCUGUCAUGUACAUAAAAUAUUACAGUUCAUUCAGGAAUGCUGGUAUAUCAUAUACCAUGAUCCUGUUUGACGAUUUAUUGGAUUGAGUCUCCAGAAAUGAAAACAUCAUUGGCAAAUUGUGUGGGUUAAUGUACUUAAACAGCUGCUCUUUGAGGUGUUUCCUAAGCGGUUUUGGAUGGCCUAAAUAUUUUGUUCACCAAGAAGGGAAGUGAAGGCAGUCAAAAGAGAAGACAGCAAAAUGUAAAAAAUGUGGGGGGAAAAAGAAGAGAAACUGAAAUAGUAACAGCAGUUCAGAGGCACAAUACAGGUCACAGGGGAAUAGAUCCAUAAAUAUCUGUGGUCAGUUGUCCUGGGUUUGCCAGUGCUCAGCCCACUGCAACAGUUAAAAUACAAUUUUUAAUAGUGUCAGGAACACAGUAAUGGCAGCAAUUUUGUAGAUUAGAUGGAAAUGGCAAAGUAUCUGUUAUAAUGCAGAGGAGGCAGAAAGAUUGAGCUAAUGGCCCUGUUUUGUCUUUUUGUGCUGUGUUUGUGCCUUGCUGUAGUAAUAAAAUUUUGUUUCUGUUACUGGUACUGAAAGACUUUUCAGUGGAAGCUAUUCAAUAUCUUGGAGUAACAAAAUCACUUUGCCCAGGUGGUCUGAAAGGUUUUGCUGAGGCAAAGGUGGUUGGCUGGAGGUAUUUCUCAGCUCUGGGGGGGAACCACCUUUGGAAAAAAGCUUAAGGAGAGUAAAUGUAGAAAUGGGAGGUGGUUUAAUCUGUGUUUGUGCAGGGCACAGUAAACUGAGAGGCUGAGUUGCCAUGCAAGGGAUGGGUAAGUAAAUGGGGCAUAAUCAGUAAUCCCUGUUCCUUCAUGCAAAAUAGACUGUCACACUAUCAUUUAAAAACAGACAGGACCUAAACUGGCGUUCUUCCCUCUAGGUACACAGUUUGUGGUAAUUGGGGUUGGAGCCUCAUCCCCAAUGGGUACAGCUGUGAGAAGCAGUAGGAUGUUUGCCAGUGCAUUUGUCCAUCGUGUGAGAUUUCAUUGCCUCUGGACAAUGCUGGGAGCUGCUCCAAGGUCUAAUCUCCUCUGGACAUGACAAAACCGUUAGGACAUCAGGAGCUGGAAGUGUUUUGAGCCUGUUCAAACAUGGAGCACUGGGACUCACUGGGAUUUUUGAUAGUCACACUCAACUAUAAUGUGACUAUUGUAGGGAAGAUCUGGCUGAUGUUAAUAAUCCUGCUGCGAAUGGCAGUGGUGGUGUUAGCAGGCUACCCCCUGUACCAAGAUGAGCAGGAGCGCUUUGUCUGCAACACCCUGCAACCAGGGUGCUCCAAUGUUUGCUAUGACUUGUUCUCUCCCGUGUCUCACUUUAGGUUCUGGCUCAUUCAGACCGUGUCCAUCCUGCUGCCCUAUGCUGCAUUCAGCGUUUAUGUUUUGCACAAGGUGGCAAUGCACAUUGUAAGAACGCACUGUCUGGUGCAGGGGUGCAAGAGGAACGAGGGUUCAUCGAGCCCCAGAGAUGUGAAGGAGCUCUGUAGAAGUGCAGUUGUCAAUAGAGUAGAUUGUGGUGCAGACAACCUAAGUGUCCUUAAUUUUUCAGGGGCAUAUACCGUUCAUCUUUUUAUUAGGACCCUACUUGAGGUUGCCUUUGCAGCUGUGCAAUACUUUCUUUUUGGAUUUUUUGUUCCUGACCGCUUUUCAUGCUACCACUCACCUUGCACAAGCACUGUUGACUGUUACAUCUCCCGGCCCACUGAGAAAUCCAUCAUGAUGAUUUUCAUCUGGGGGGUCAGCAGUCUGUCCUUCCUGCUCAGCCUGGCUGAUCUCGUCUGUGCUCUCCGGAGAAUGACAGCAAGAAACCAAAAGAACAAGCAGCUGGCGAACCUCUUCACAGAGAAGGAGUGCAUGAUACAUCUUCCCCCAGUCCAGCACAGCAGCUCCUCUCCACCUCAAAAUGGGGAUGGCUCAGUAGCAAACAGCUCUCACGCCAGUGAUGGCUCCUGCUCACCUCUUCCUGAAGAGGAAGAAGAGGCUGUUCUUCAUCCUGGAGGUGUCCCCCAGCAAAGUGGCAGCACUAACCUCAGCAGCAGCAGCAAUAAGUGCUGUCUAUCAGGAGACCUUGCUGUUAAGCAGCAGAGCCCUGAAGGACCCCUGUGUGCCAGUGACCACCAAGGAACUCCCUGCAGCCAAGUGAGACCCAGACUUCAGCAAGACUUCAUUAAAGAUAUUGCCCUGGCUUUGAGACCUCAGAUCGAGUCUCCCCUUGGAGUUUCUUCCUCUGUUGUUCAGAGCAAGUUUUUAGGGUUCUACCCUUCAGCUGAGCUAAAAAACCCUGAUGCACAAUCAAAUUAUAGCAGCACUAGCUGCCUGAGGGCAAAAAAAUCCGAAUGGGUAUAGAAGCCAGAGUGAACGCUAUGCUGUGACCUUGGCAGGGCAAAUCAUCGCAUCACUGAAGAGGCUUCAGGGUGUUUCAGCUGAAUCCCUUGGCUGUGGUUAUGCUGCAGAGACACUCUACUCCAUUGGAGAAGAAGCAAGAACUUUGGAUAAGGGUUUGAAGGGUAUUACAUUAAGGGACAUGCUCUUUAGAAAAUAGGACAGCUUUAUGUUUUUUUUUGCAUGUAGAUGGUUUAAAAAGGCUGUGGACUGUUGCUGAUGUGACUGACCUGGUUUUCCAGGAGCAAGUGUGAAUACUUGCUUACUCUAACCUAGUUUUAUUGCAAAAGAUUGAGCUUAGCAAAGAUGGGUUGUCUACUCUCAGAAGCCUAAUUUAUCUCCUCAUACUAAAUUCUCAAAGCCCACUCUAAGACAGGAUAUUCAAGAAGAAGACUAGACAGUGAAUAAAAUAAAAACACUUGUUUUGU